ACAGGCCCUUCGGCUGCGGCUGGACAGGUCCCAAUUCCCUGCAAACUCUAUUCUUCUUCUUGGAUUGUCUUCCAGCCAGAUAUCAUAAUCAGUGCUAGUGAAGGUUUCCUGUGGUACCUCCGUAUCAAACUGCAGCCUAUCGUGCACCUGCUCACAGACAAGGGCCGACUGAUGGAUUUUUUGCUUCAACGCAAAGACUGUAAAGCUGUUAUUUUAUCAGUUUGCUCACAAAUGUUAUCGGAGAUGGAUAGGGCAUCGCUGCCAGUCAUUGCUACAGUCUUCGACAAACUCAACUGUGAAUAUAAGAAAUAUUUAGAAGCUGAGCACAGCUACACAGUGGCAGUUGAAACCAGUCAAGGUAGAAGUAAUGCUCUUGUGAAGAGACCUGUGCGUGGACAAGCUGUUAUAGACCAGUCUGACAUGUACACACAUGUAUUGUCUGUAUUCACUGACCUGAAGGAGGCUCCACAUAAGUUCAUCAUUGCUGUCCUCAUGGAGUACAUCCGUUCUCUGAACCAAUUUCAGAUCCCUGUACAGCACUACCUAUAUGAACUGGUGAUAAAGACUUUGGUACAACAUAACCUCUUCUAUAUGCUCCACCAAUUCCUUCAGUAUCACGUGCUCAGUGACUCCAAACCUCUGGCAUGCCUAUUGUUAUCUUUAGAGAGUGUUUAUCCUCCAGCACAUCAGCUUUCCCUGGAUAUGCUAAAGAGGCUUUCCACUGCUAAUGAUGAGAUUGUUGAAGUCUUGUUAUCUAAACAUCAAGUUUUGGCAGCUCUGAGGUUUGUGAGAAGCAUUGGUGGACAUGACAGUGUGUCGGCUCGCAAGUUCUUGGAUGCUGCAAAGCAAGCGGCUGAUGACAUGCUCUUCUAUACAGUCUUCAGAUUCUUUGAGCAAAGAAACCAACGUCUUCGAGGAAACCCUAACUUCACACCAGGAGAACACUGCGAGGAGCAUGUGACCUUCUUCAGACAGAGGUUUGGUGAACAAGCAUUGCUAAAGAUUAGUUCUGCUUAG